GGUGACUACAGGGUCUAUAGCCUGGAGGAGCGGCGGUAACGUCCUGCCUCCCCGCGCCUAGCUGCCGCUGAGCAACUUUUUGCGCGCACACGCAGCUUCGCGCAUCUGGUCGUCAUCAUCAUCAUCAUCAGCAGCAGCAUCAGCAGCAGCAGCGGCAGCGGCAGCUCUUCCUGCUCAGAUGUGACUCAACCGUAGUCGGAAGAGAGCUCCUUCUCCUCAGAGGACUUGUGCGAAACGCGUCUUUGAGACUUUUCCUUCCGAGGCAGCAGGACACGCUGAUGUUUGUCUCGUUUGACGCGCGCCGCCGGAUGGAUUGUGUGUGAGGGGUUUGAUCGCACGUGGCGGAGUGAGGGAAACAGGCUUGGAGAAAACCUUGCUGAAGUUGGUUCGAGUCCCGCUCGACUGAUCUGGAUGUGAAUAGAUCCGCGUUCCGCCUCGGAAGAACCGAGUGUCUCUCGGUGUGGUUUCUGGAGCUCGUGCGCUCUACACACGCGGAUCUUUUUUGGCUCGCUUGUCGAUUCCUCGCUUUCUGUUUCUCAUCAGAGCUGCGAGUUUUUUUUUCUUCUUUUUUUUUACGCUGUUCCUCCGCUUGCGUCAUGACUUCUAGCUAUGCACAUGUAAUGGACAGGCAAGCCUCGCUUUCAAACCGCCUGGAGAGUCCGAUCACGUCGAACCUGGACAACCUGCAAGCCAAAAAGAACUUCUCGGUCAGCCACCUGUUGGAUCUGGAAGAGGCCGGGGAAAUGGUCGGCACCCAGGCCGACGAGAGCGUCGGAGAGGCGGGGAGGAGUAUGCUGGAGUCCCCGGGGCUGACGAGCGGAAGCGAUACGACCCAGCAGGAGAAUGAACAGAUGAACACGGAGGAGAAGAAGAAGAGGAAGCAGCGCAGGAACAGGACCACCUUCAACAGCAGCCAGCUCCAGGCUCUGGAGAGAGUGUUUGAGAGGACACACUACCCCGACGCCUUCGUCCGGGAGGACCUGGCCCGCCGGGUCAACCUCACCGAGGCCCGAGUCCAGGUUUGGUUUCAGAACCGGAGAGCUAAGUUCCGCAGGAAUGAGCGCGCCAUGCUGGCCAGCAAAAACGCCUCGCUCCUCAAAUCGUACUCCGGAGACGUCACGGCGGUGGAGCAGCCGAUCGUACCGCGCCCGGCGCCACGCCCAAACGACUACCUGUCCUGGGGCAGUGCUGCCCCCUACAGUCCCAUCGCUCCCCUCUGUCAGCAUGAGCAGGGCGGGACCAGAUCCUGUGACCCUCCUGACGAGCGCCAUGGCCACCUACCCGCCCACCUGCUCCAACACCAACACGUCCCAGGGCAUGAACAUGGCCAACAGCAUCGCCAACCUGCGGCUCAAAGCCAAGGAGUACAGCUUGAACCAGGUGCCCACGGUAAACUGAGAGGAGGAGGAGGAGGAGGAGGAGGAGGAGGAGGAGCGGAUGGUGACUGGCGCAGGAGGGGAGGGGAACCCCACUGCCACUGGACCCCCGCGGACGGACACCGUCUGUGGGUUGAGCAUCACCUCACAUACCCCGGAUCAUGAAGCCU